AUGUCGCAACUAUUAUUGGCGGUAUUGAUCGCCGUCGUCGGAAUCGUUCAAUCAUCGGUAAAAUGCCCAAAAGGAACGUUCGGAACUGAACUCGAAUGCGCGUUUGAAUGCUGCACAUCGUUCGAGGGACCCAAUCAAGGCUAUUACUGUUGUGGUGUCGAGGAGAAGAACCUGAUAGAUCGCGGGGCUGAUGGCGGAGCGAGAGCUGAGCGAUUCGUCGCCUACGGCAACACCUUCCAGGUCGAUUACACGAUGCUCAUCAUCGGCCUGAUCGUCUCGAUCGUCUUGUCGAUUCUCCUCUCAUUCUUCUGCUGCCUUCUCUGCAACGGCUGUUGGCUUCAUCGUCGUCGCAAUCCGCAACAAUACGAGACGGUGCAUGACAAUGGAUGGUAUCCAAUAUGCUGCGGCUUCGGCAUCCCAAUGGGAACCGUCGUCUUCUCGACACACCCGCCGCAGUAUCGCGACGACAGCGAAAUGUACGGUUCGUCGAUGUCGAGUCUGCCAUCGUCGAAGCAAAGAGUUCGAUUCAAUCCCGACGGCACACCGCGAGGCGUUCUGAAAAACGGACACGAGGGUCAAGCCGGCUACUAUCGAGAUUAA